CGACCACUUGGCAACCAAAAACGACGGCGGCGGCGCCGGUGGAUCUCCCGACGGGCGAUGCGCAUGCGAGUACCAGCCGCAAGUCGCCUUGCGAAGGCGACCAUCUAUGCCUUACGGCACCGAGGAGCAAUGCAGCCAUGUCAUGUGCGCGCCCUGUCGUCUGUUGCCAGCUCCACCGAGGCUGAGCCUGGGUCGCAUCGAUGGGUGGCACGCGCCGCUGCUGGAGCUGCCGUGGCUGGCGCGGCACUUGGAGCGUACACCGUCAUAUUCAAUGACGACAACCGGCGCUCUUUGAAUGCAGUGGUAUCGCUCGGCAAGGUUCUCACUGAUAUUCACGGCGCGUCGGACGCAUUGGAUGCCGUCUCGCUCCACCUAGACGAUCAAGGAAUGAAUUCCAACUGCCUGGAUGAACACGCCAGCUCCAUUCUCGUGGCCAUUGCGAAAGAGAAAAUGUUUCGCGAUUCAGUGGUCGAGCACGGGGGUCUUGCCGUGCUCAUGGACACGUGUGCUCAUACGUCCGAGCCCAAGUUGCAAGAACGCAUCGUGCAGGCAAUUGCGGCACUCGCCAACACGAAAGGCGCCGAUGAAGUUCUUGCUGACAUUGACAAGAGUUCGUACUUGCUCCUGCAGUUAACGCCAUCCAUUGUCCACCGCCAACCCCAUGACCCAAGACCUGUGGCCAUUGCACCGUUGGACUUGCUCAAGCUCGAGGCGGCCUUCACCCGCAUUCGCGAAAAGUACUCAUGCAGUACCUUUCAUCCCGAGCUGAACGUCGCAGCCACUGAGGCGGUGCUGGACCGGCUGACUAAAGUCAUCACGGGGUCUAGCUCCACCGACUUCAUCCAGUUUAGCAUGUGGGCCAUGCGAUCGCUGCUGACCCAUCUGGAAUGCACGGACGCCACUCUGUUUCACGCAAUGGGGCUACAUUUGAACAUUCAUUUGUCGUCUGCAUUGUUUGCCAUGGCAAAGCACGACCAAACAAGUCCAGGUGUCAAGCUGCAUGCUGCCAACUUACUCGCCACGAUGCUGCGGAGCAGACUGCAGCCGAUUGCGCCACGCGUGUGGUGCGAAGAGGUGGCGAUAUGGGCGAGGGACGCGAGCGCUGACAUGCAACUUUUGAGCGCGCAAUGCCUUGAACUGCUGGCAAAGCAAGUUCCAGCCGAACUCGCGCACUCGAGCACGGCCCACGAUGCCUUGCUACACCUGGCGCGUAACACCCGCAAUACAAGCGCUAUCGAUCACCCACGGGCGGUGAGUGCGUCCACCACGGCCAUUCAAAUUCACGUCUCGAGUGCUGUGCAUGCACUUGCUGACGUGCUCCAAACCGGCCUCCACACGACGGUCCAAGCCCCUAUGGCCAAAGUGCUCGGCCAUCUCGACGACGUCAUGCCUGAUGCACACGACUACGACGUGUUGCCGAAGAUUGGUUGGGUCGACGUUCUAGCCGAGUGGUCUGUGAGUUCGCAUCCCACCGUGUGUGCGAACGCGAUUCAAAGCUUGGCGCGUUUGGCAAUGCAACCGCGACAGGACGAUCGAAGCAAACAAGUCCUGCAAGCGUGGAUGUUGGGGCUGCUCCGUCAUUUGGCCUCGAUCAAGGCCACGGCCGUCGAGUGUCGGCGGGCGGUCGCCAACGUCGAAGGGUUGGUCAACAUGACCCACGACCAAACUCCUGGCUAUGUGCAUGUCCCAUAUCGAUCCCAAGCGAUUGAAAACGGACUGGCUGCCUUGGCUGUGCUGGUGAACGACGAUGCAACCACGAGCGACGUGUUUGUAACCCACGGUGGCCUCGAACUGGUGGCGCUCACCGCCAUCAUGUCGUCCAGCAAAGCCAUCAAAACGCAGUGCGCUCGAGUCGUCGCGAAUGUAGCUGUCCACCACCACAACAUCCAGCGACAGCUCCAGGAUGUCCUAGGGGGCGAUCUCUUCACCCAAGACAUACUCCACUGGGAGGACGAGCCGAACGUGGUCGUCCGGUCGAGCUACUACCGCGCAGCCGCCAACUUUGCCGCGGCCACGGCUUCCACAACUGGACAUCCAACAGAGUUCUACAAGGACGGCCUGCAUCCCAUUGUAUCACGACCUGCUGCCAACACCACAUCGACACCGCCCAUUGACGUCGUUCUCGUCCACGGGCUGCGUGGUCACCCCUUUGGAACGUGGCGCACCAGCAUGAGUGUGUCGGGGAAUGACGUGGAUAUCCUCGAACACGGCAAGAUGUGGCCGGAAGCGUUCUUGAUGCCAGACCUGAAUCCAGACUCGAGGGUUGUCACCAUGGGGUACGACGCGGGCAUGUCCAAAUGGAGCUCUCCGUGGCGGGCUUUGACGCUGGACGAACGAGCCGCAGUUAUGUUGGAUGCAUUGCAAACCGCACGCAUUGGGGCCAACGGAAGGCCUGUCGUUUUCAUCACGCAUUCCAUGGGUGGGCUCUUGGUGAAAGAGAUGCUGUCCCAAGCCACGGGAGCUGGACUGGACAUUGCGCGCCAGACGGUGGGAGUCGUGUUUUUGGCGGUGCCACAUUUCGGAGCCAACCUGGCAACUUUGAACAACGAAACCCUCCGAAACCUCGUUCAAGCCCAUCCCGCGACGAAACACUUGAACGAAAAUAACUCUCGUCUUGCCCAGCUCAAUGCUGCAUUUGAAGCGCUCCAGAUUCCGUCGCUAAGCCUGGGAGAAGGUGCCCCCGCGCCGCUCGGCCUUGGCGUGAGCCACCUCGUCGUCAAGCCCGAGUCCGCGGACCCCCACAUUCCUCUGUCAACGUUUCACAUGAUUCCACACGCGCACCACAUGGACAUUUGCAAGCCCCCGACCCCCGCCGACCCACGCUAUUCCUUGAUCAGAGACUUUAUCCUCCAACACGUCCAGCACCCUCAGGACGCAGUCGAGUAACUUCGGACGUACAUCUGGCGAUUGUGUUUGCAAUUUUGAACUCAGCGGACAGAGGUGGAAAAGUUGACCAGAGAGCAUGAAG